AUGGAAAAACUGAAGAGCCGGUCCGAUCCUGGCGGGACAAAGAUCAAUCACUUGGCUUUUCAAUGCAAGGCGUUUUCGGACAAGCAGCGACAGCACGAUCCCGAGGCCAAGAAGAUUGCACUCGAGCUGACACGUCCUGCUUGCAGGAACGGAUACGUGGCUGAUGAUGCAUCGAUAUUCAUUUGCGAUCUUGCAAGGUUGUACAUUCUGGGCGAGAGUCUAGUUGGCCGAACAUGCGUUCAUGCCAAGGGCGACUGGUUCCAUGUCGUCGGCAACCGCCUCGGACACCGACUCUCCACCGCGGGAAGUCCGUUACAGAUGUUCCACAUUGUGGAUGUGAGAUUCCGGGCGCGGAAUUUUGAGAAGUUGUUCUUUGAAGACGAUUUUGUUUCCGUGCUUUCCUUCGUUUUGGAUGAGAGGUUCCGGGCGCGGACAUUUGAAAUUCACCGCGAAGAGGCCCUCAUGUGGAAUCGCACCCGCAAGCCGGACGUUACCAACCGGCCCUUCAGCCUCGUGCUUGCGGAAGAUGGGCGGAUGAAGUUGAAUGUCCUGGAUUUCAACAUGGGGAUCACUGCUUGCGGGAAAGUGAAGCAGUGGGAAAGGGCAAUCCAGAUACUCAGCUCGAUGCCCACGGCCAUGGUCACUCGCACCGUGGUCAGCUACAAUUCCGCCAUCAGCGCCUGUGAGAAAGGCAGGCAAUGGCAGCUGGCGCUGCAUCUUUUUUAUUGCGUGCCGCGGGCCAUGUUGGCCCCGGAUGUUAUCAGCUACAGUUCUGCGAUCAGCUCCUGUGCCCAGGGUGAGCAGUGGCAACUGGCUGUUCACUUGUUGAACGCCUUCGCAAGUGCCAAGCUGCCACCAGAUGCCAUUAGCUUCAACGCCGCCAUCACGUCUUGUGAGAAGGGCGGUCAAUGGCAGCUGGCCCUCCAUCUGCUGGGCUCGAUGCCUCACGCGAGCGUCAAGCCUGACACUGUCAGCUACAGCGCAACGAUUAGCUCCAUGGAGAAGGGUGCCCAGUGGGAGCUGGCCUUGCUCCUCUUCUCCUCAAUGCCUAGAGCACAGGUCCGCAUGGACGUCAUCAGCUACAAUGCCACGGUCAGCUCCUGCGAAAAGGGUGCAGAGUGGCAGACGGCACUGCGGCUAUUCGACGCCAUGCCUUCGGCGAAGCUCACGCCCGAUGUUAUCAGUUGCAAUGCGGCCAUCAGCUCGCUUUCGAAGACCUCGCAGUGGCCGAUGGCCCUGGCAAUCUUUGAGUCAAUGACACGAGCCAAGCUGACACCCAGCACCAUCAGCUUCAAUGCCACCAUCAGCUGCUGCGAGGGUGAGCAGUGGCCUUGGGCGCUGUACAUCUUCAACUCCAUGCAGACAGGACGACAUGAUCCCAACGUUGUCAGCUACAAUGCCACCAUCAGCUCGCUUGAUACAGGCGGAAAGUGGCAACUGGCCACGCAGCUGUUCAGCGCUCUGCCUUCUGUCAGCCUGUCUCCCGAUGUCAUCACAUUCAGUGCCACCAUCAGCAGCUGCGUGGCGGAAGCGCAGUGGCAGAUGGCUCUGCACCUCUUUGCCCUGGCACGGAGCUCGAACGUGUCGCCCGAUGACAUCCUGAGCACUGCUAUGAACGCCUGCACGAGAGGGGGCCCGUGGGACUUGGCCCUCCACCUGUUUCACGACGUUUGCAAAGCCCAGCUCAGUCCAGAUUUGGCCUGCCACAACGCUGCUAUCAGAUCCUGCCGGUGGAGUCUGCAGUGGCAGCUCUCCUUGCAUGCUUUCAGUGCCAUUCAUGAGGCCAAGCUCAGCCCUGACCGGACGAGCUACAAGGAGGUCAUCAACUCCCUUGAAAGGGAGGCCUGUUGGGAGUUGGCAAUAUGGCUCCUCCUCUCCAUGUCCGACAUUGCGGAUCUGCGCCCCGACGUGGCGACCUUCAACUCGGCGAUAAUCGUCAGUGAGAAGGCGUCUCAGUGGCGUCCAGCUUUGUACCUGCUGGAGACCAUGCUGCGCCAGACACUGACGCCGAACACCACGAGCUAUGUUGCUUAG